GAUUGCACAUACAUACCCAUCACCCACCCCGUAGAAAGAAUGUGACCUUGUGCGACUAUUAGUGGAAAGCGACAUGAUCUGAUCUGGACAAUUAAAUUUCAACUUGAAGGAAAGAAGGAAGGAACCCCGUUUUCUCCUGUACUCUACUGUUUCUUUAAUUAUCACUCACUCCUCUCACUGUUAAGUUUCAUUUCAUUUUAUUUUAUUUUAAAUAAAUAAAAAUAGAUAGAAGAAGAUAAAUCAAAACAACUGUUUGAAUCUUUCGGAUCUUGUUGGUCGGUCUCUCAGAUCUCUCACCACUAUGUUGCUGCUGCUAUUCCUCUUUUCAUAGAUACAUACAUACAUAACCUCAGUGUUGGUGUAAACGAUGGAUCCAGUUAACACUUCACUGGAAGAUGGACUUCAUCAACAACAACUCUUUAAUUCACAACAGGAUGCUGUUGAUUUCAAUGUUGUUACUCAAAUUAAACAAACUGUACUGUCUAAUGGAAAUUUCAACGAUAAUGUCUCUAUGGAAGAAGAAGAAGAAGAAGGAUCAAAUGGCAAAAUAGAGGGAAACAAUGUUAAUGUUUCUAAGGAAGUGGAAAUUGAAAUCGUUGAUGAAACGGAGAAAUCUAGGACAAAAAAGGAUCUUGUCAAGAAUAACAAUUCAAAAUUGCCAAGUCCUAGAGGUCUUCGUAUGACUUCGGUGAGAAAGAACAAAGACGGAAAAGAUGAAGAGGCUGCAGUAGCAUCAUCUGUUUCAAAUGGUACUUCCACUUUCGACUCUCAUCCAAGACAGCCGGUUAACAACAGGGCAGUCAAUGACAAGCAGACCCACCUGUCCAAGCACUCUGGAAAGACUGAUGCUGCAUCUACUGAAGCACCAAUGGAGAAGACUAGACCACACUUGAUAAAGAAAGAACCCCUUGAUAAUCUUCCAGGAAAAGCUGAAUCAUCUUUUCCUACAUCAGAAGAUGCCAAACCUCGUAGAGUUGGGACAAUGCCAACUUAUGGAUUCAGUUUCAAAUGUAAUGAGCGAGCUGAGAGAAGAAAAGAGUUUUACUCUAAGCUUGAGGAAAGGAUUCAUGCGAAGGAAGUGGAGGAGAGCAACAUUCAAGCAAAAACCAAGGAGAGCCAAGAAGCUGAGAUUAAGAGGCUUAGGAAAAAACUAGCAUUUAAAGCAACUCCAAUGCCAAGCUUCUACCAGGAGCCUACUCCUUCUAGGGUGGAGUUGAAGAAGAUACCAACUACAAGAGCAAAAUCUCCCAAGCUUGGUCGUAAGAAGAGUUCAACAAUGUCCUCAGAGCUAGAUGUAAACAGUAACAGCAGUGCUCAACAAUGCCGUUUAAGUCUGGAUGAGAAAGUGUCUCAGAAUAAUCCCACUAAAGGAAUUAGUCAUGUUCAGCCAAAGAAGCCACAAAGAAGAUCUCUCCCUCCUCGACUGACUCCUGAAAGGAUCAGUUCAUCCAAUUCAGUGACUGCACGGACUUCAUCUAAGGCGGUGCAUGACGAGAAAACCUCCUUAUCUAGUGUAACAACUGAAGUUACCACCUUGUCCGUUGCAACAAGGGAAGAGAAAGUUGAAGCAGCUGCAGCUAUUGAGGAGAACAGUGCCUUCUCUGAUGAGACAAGUGGAACUCCGUCUCUGAACAUAGAGCCGGAUGUAGCAGAAUCUCAAUUGAAUGGUGAUAUAGUGAUUGAAGACAAACCACAACUCAUUUUGGUACAAGAACCCAUAGCAGGAUAGCAUUAAGCAAACAGCAGGAACAUAAUCUGGUGUCAGCUAUCACAGCAAUUGAUUCAUCUCGUGAAUAUAUAGAAGCAUAUGACUGAGAUUAUUUGACAAUGAAGGCCUGCAUAUUUGCAUUAUGUUUUAUGAUGUAAGUUUGUCCAAGCAGCAUUGUAUCUUUUGUGUUUACUCCCAAGCUUGCUGGUUUAUCCUUAUGAUUCUCCUCGCAGCAUUAUAUGUAAUAAUAAUAAUAUAAAUAUUUGUCAGGUUGUUCCAGUUGAUGUUAGGUAUGCAACACUUAUCUAUUUGGACAUGUUACCGAAAAUUUUGAGAAUGUUUGGCAUCAGUGGUUGCAUUACAUUUUGUUUAGGCAUUGCUCUGUUAAACAGUUGGCAUUGUCACAUUAAAUUAGCUGUUUGUGUUGUGGACACCAUUCUGAUUAGUCGUAUUACAGCUAUGCUUUGUUAUGCAACAAAAUGUAUUGUCACUA